AUGCUAGUGUUUUUCCUUAAACUUCCCUUCGGAACGCAAAGGGAUAUUUUAAGGCACAGCGCAGCUCGACAUGAAAUAUCUGGUAAAUUGAUGGAUGCAUGUCAAUUGUAUGUUUUAUUGUUAAAAGCGUACUCGGAUACUGCUGUACAAAUGGGGGUGCACGCUGCAGAACUUGCAAUUCGGUGUGAAGGUCAUAAUCAUCCUAUUUCAGAAUGUAACAUAUAUAGAAAAUUAUUUGUUGAGGACAUAUUGUCCGUUAUACUUCGGAAUAAGAUCAUCGUGCACGAAAAAUUAGAUAUCCAAGUCUACAACCCACAGGAUUAUUUGUCGGUUCCUUAUGAAAUAUCAUCGAUCCAAGACAAAUAUCCAACGAAUAUAAAUGUUAUUUAUAGCCAGCUCAGAUCUUGGCUCGAAAAAGCUCAGGG